CAUAAAUUAACUUUGUAGUUUUAAUAAUUAACAAUUUGUAGUUUAGUUACUUUGGCCUUUUUGGGUUCGAUUGGAAUGACGUUUUUGAUUCUAGCUUGCGCUUUACCACAAUACAAAUUAUGGUGGCCGUUUUUCGAAAUAAUAUUCUAUAUUCUAGCACCUAUUCCCACGUUAGUCGCGAGACGAUAUAGCGACGGUUCCGGUUCGAGCAAUAGUUGUAUGGAAGCUGCUAUAUUUGUAACUAUGGGUGUUUUGGUUAGUUCAUUCGCUCUACCAAUUGUACUAGCGAGAGCCGCUGUAAUUGUAGCUGGGGCUUGUUAUCUCACUAUAGCCGGAAAUAUCGUUGUUUAUAUAACUUUGAUUGGAUUUUUCUUGACUUUCGAUCAAGAUGAUUCCGAUUAUAAUAUGUGGUAAUUUUUUUUGUCUCACACUUACGAAUUUUUAAAUAUUAAGUUGAUAAAUAUGUAUCUGUAUGUAUGUAUUAAAAUAUAAAUAAUUUUUUUUA